AUGGAUCCCAUUUACGAUACAGAGGUUGUUUUCACCGAGAGUUUUGCGCCAAAACCAGUGCGGACAUUCGUAGUGAAUACUAAUGCCGCUUUGCAUUCCAUCAAUGCAAAUGUUGAGCCAUCUUCAGGCGUUUGCACGUUUCCCGCGAACAGUCAGUUCCCUGAUCGUUUUAUUCUUUGUCUAUCAUUUAGAUCGCCUAUUGCAUGGCUGAAGGACAACUGGUUGUUGUCACCUUACAUGCCAAUAAAUGAGGAAGACGAGCUUGGGCUAGCUGAGUAUGUGAUGUCGGACGGACCCGCCUAUGAUUCUACUUUCAUGCGAUCACAGAUUGUGAGAUUCGACAUGCGUUUAUCGGAUAUUAGUGAUUACGGAUUUCUAAACUUAGGUGGUCCAGAAAUGGUCUCAAAUCAUAAGGAUAAUGUGCAGGUGUCUCUAUGUAGUUGGUUCUUCAAAGGAGAGGGCGUGGAUUGGCUGAGUAAGGUAGCGCACAUAGGACGCUUUGAAGAAGCUGACCCAUCCCCGGAAUUCAACGUUUUUCUGGACAAAAUACUCGAGGCUGGAUUACUAUUUCUAUCACCAUAUUCCGCGCAGGUUUUCUUGGCCAGAUCUUUAGCAUUGCAUGAGCAGUAUGCAGUUUUGAUGGCUAUGACCAAUUUUAAUCUCGCCGCUAAAGGAGUAACCGAUCAGAACAAGGCGCUUCUGACUGCUUUGUCACCUGUUGGCAAAACCCAAGAGAUCAACCUCGGAGAUUACUACGUAAUGGUAAGAUGUCUUUCACAUAUCUCAGAAAAAUUUAAUGGUGUUUAUCAGGCUUAA